UGAUAUACGCUUGACCAGACUCACGUCGUUGAGUGAGGGGACAGAAGGAGUGGUUCCGGUGUGUUAGAGCCGACCCGGGCUUCCCGCUCCCAUGUCCGCGCUGCAGCGCGCUGAGUGGCAGCUCGCUGAGCUCGAGCUGCUGACCAGCAUGUUUCCCCGCCACGACGAGCUCCAGAUCCCAGACCAGCUGGCACUAGCGGAGCUCAGGGCCUAUGUGGAGGGCUCAGCCUCAGCAGACAGCCCCCCCCCCCCUCCUACUUCAACACCUGACUUCCUCAUCAAACUGAAGCUGGACUCUGCAGCCAUGGACAGGAUGGAUGUGGUCCUGUCAUGUGCUUUUCCAUCCCAGUAUCCCAGUGUGUUACCAGAGAUAACAGUCCGGUGUGCCGGUCUCAGCAGGGCCCAGCAGACACAGAUCCGCACAGAGCUCAAUGCAUACCUCAUGGAAAACUGCCAGGGGGAAGUGUGCGUGCUCUCAGCUGUGGACUGGCUGAAAGACAACCUGCAGCUCUUCAUCAACAAUAGCCUAUCAGCAGCACCGGCUCCUAAGAAGGAGUCUUCCUCUCCACGGCCACAGGAAGUGUUCAGCCGACUGUGGAUUUACAGUCAUCACAUCUACAACAAGACAAAGAGGAAGAACAUCUUGGAGUGGUCCAAGGAGCUGGGCCUGUCAGGAUUUAGCAUGCCCGGGAAGCCUGGUAUCGUGUGUGUGGAAGGUCCUCAUUCUGCCUGCGAGGAGUUCUGGUCCAGAGUGAAGGUCCUGACAUGGAAGAAGAUCCUGAUUCGACAUAGAGAGGAUAUUCCCCUUGAUCGUCAGGUAAAGGACAGCGUAGACUCCCUACGCAAAUUCACAGGCUUUGAAGAGGCGACGUUUGACCCCCAUGGGAACAGAGGUAAUCACAUGGACCUGGGGCAGCUCUACCAGUUCUUAAAUGAGAAAGGCUGUUGUGACGUCUUUCAGAUGUAUUUUGGCAUUAAAGGGAGGUAGUGGUCAGACCAAGAGAAUAAAUAAAGCUGCCUUGUCAUUAAAGUCUCUUCUCCUGAAAAUAAGCAUUAACUUAAAAAAGAAAUGCAGUCAUUACUGUUUAAGUUUCCUUUGUUUCACAUACAAGCACACGAAUGGAUUGUGAGCAUCACAAAAAGUGCAAUAACUGAACAACCUUUGCAUGGCUGUUGCUCAGCCGUCACCCUGGGACUUCACUGGGAUAACAAGCCAAAAGAACACUUCUGCAAUUUUGAGAAACUGAAACUUUUUUGUUUUUUUAGCUAAUGGGCAUGUUUUUCAAAAAGAAGCAUUAAAAAGAUGUUUAUCUGAGAGUAUUCUCAAGGACUUCAGUUAUUAAUGCAAUUUUAAUACCUCUGCAAGGAUCACACCUUGCCCUAGGUGUUUCUUUCCUCAAACGGCCCCACUGUGUAUUACUACAAGGCUAUUAUAGGAUUUUAGGACUGAUACCGCAUUAAUAAUUGGACAACAUAGGCAACAAUAUGCUAGAUAUCUGUUCAUGAAAUCUGUUUAUUUUCCGCUGAUAGAUAGCAUAACCGUGGAAAGUCUCUCUCCAAUUUUCUUUGAACAAUUUGUUCUUAGAUUGUGCAUUAUUGUGGUAAUUAAACGUGUUGUUGUU